CAUGCAGCACCUUGACCCAUGUGUCAUCCUGGUGUAAACGCUUCAUUCUGCUAUUCAGGACUCUGAUUUUUGCUUUAUAGUAAGAAUAUCUGAACAAAAAUGACCCUGGCGUUCGAUAAAUCAUUAAAUCCACGUGAUAAGCAUUAAAGCAGCAAGACUUCCUGGGUCUGCAAUAUUUUCGUUCAGCCUCGUGUCCGCACCAGGCUAUGCGGUCGGCCACAUUUGUCCUUCUCCCUGCAGUAUAUCGUCUCCAGCCUCGCCAACCUCGCACGGUGUAAUUCAUGAUACCCUGCAGGCAGAUUUUAAGAAGAGCCCCUUUGCCAUUUUCAGUCCGCCCACUGCGUGGAGCGCUUUAUGUUGCCUCAAGAACUCUGGCUCGACCUGGUGGAAGCUUGACUCAACGGCCUGUAUCCACCAGAGCCAGCUACACAAACAUGGCCGAAUCUAAGCCCUUGAGGUAUGCCGACGUCGGUAUCAAUCUUGGAGAUCCUGUGUUCCGUGGACAAUACCACGGCAAACAGGCACACCCGGACGACCUUGACGAUGUGAUUCAAAGAGCCCUUGAUGUGGGGUGUACGAAGUUGAUGGUCACCGGCUCCAGUCUGACAGAGUCACGGCAUGCUGUCGAGAUUGCCAAACAAUACCCUGGGACAUGCUACGCCACCGUUGGCGUUCAUCCUUGUUCAACUCAGGACUUCGACAAUCAUCCAGGGGGGCCUGGCGCCCUGAUCAACGAUCUACGUGCUCUUGCCCUGGAAGCCAAGGAGACCGGCCAUGCGGUGGCAUUUGGCGAGAUCGGACUGGAUUAUGAUCGACUGUUCUUGUCGCCGAAAGAUGUUCAGCUCAAGUAUUUCGAGCUACAACUCGAUCUGGCCGAGGAUUUGCAGUUGCCCCUGUUUCUCCACUCGAGGGCAUGCAGUGACGAUUUUGAGAGGAUCAUGUCUAGUCGUCUAGACAGACUACCCAAACGCGGCUUGGUGCACAGCUUCACUGGGACCAUACCGGAGUUGGAGGCCGUGGUCAAGCUUGGGUUCGAUAUUGGGAUCAAUGGGUGCAGCAUGAAAACAGAUGAAAAUCUUGAGGCGGUCAAAGCCGUCCCUCUCGAAAGGCUACAGAUCGAGACCGAUGGGCCGUGGUGUGAGAUUCGCGCGUCGCAUGCAUCGUCUCAAUAUUUGAAAGAUGGCCCCGCCAUCCCCAAGGCAGUCAAGAAGGAAAAAUGGCAGAAGGGAUUGAUGGUCAAAGGACGCAACGAGCCAGCUACAAUUGUCCAGGUCGCCCAUGUCAUUGCCAAAGUGAAGGGAGUGACGGUGGAGGAGGUGUGUGCCGCGGCGUGGAAAAAUACCACGGAGAUGUUUGGGCUGGGUGUAACGGCCUAGGAGAGGGCAGAUCUUCCUAGUUGACGAGCGUUCAAUCCUGCAUAACAUAGACUUAGAGUCAUCAUAAAUAGACUCGGACUCUAUCUUCAACGAUACACUAGACCUG